AUGGAGAAGCAAAACAAGAGGUUGGCUGUUUUGGUAGGCUGCAACUACCCCAACACCCGGAACGAGCUCCAUGGUUGCAUAAAUGAUGUACUCACCAUGCGCGACACGCUGGUGAGUCGGUUUGGGUUUGAUCCUAACCACAUUGAGCUACUGACUGAUGAUGGAUCUGCAUCAGUCUUGCCAACAGGUGCAAACAUUAAGAAGGCACUUGAUGCAAUGGUUGACCAGGCUGAACCAGGGGAUGUGCUCUACUUUCACUACAGUGGACAUGGAACAAGGAUUCCAUCAUUGAAACCAGGCAGGCCUUUCAGGCAGGAUGAGGCAAUUGUGCCUUGUGAUUUCAAUCUCAUCACCGAUGUGGAUUUCAGACAAUUAGUAAACCGCUUACCAAAGGGAGCAAGCUUUACAAUACUGUCGGAUUCAUGCCACAGUGGAGGCCUCAUUGACAAAGAGAAAGAGCAGAUUGGACCUUCUCAUGUCACAUCUGAAAUUAGUGACACGUUAUCCGGUUCCUGUAAUAAGACCAAGGCAAUUCCUUUCGAGUCCAUAUUGGAGCACCUCACCUCAUUAACUGGCAUAAGCACAUCUGACAUUGCAACUCACUUUCUAGAGUUGUUUGCAGCCGACGCCAGCCUCAAGUUUCGCUUACCUCUACUCGAUCUCAACUUCUUCGAGUCGUUGAAGCCGGAUGAGGGGAUUCUUCUGAGUGGGUGUCAAGCCAAUGAGACAUCAGCCGACAUGAUGAACCCGGUUAUGACCGGUGGAAAGGCAUGUGGAGCAUUCAGCAAUGCUAUUGAAAUGGUUUUGAGGAAGCAUGAGGCUCCGCUAAGCAAUAGAGAGGUCGUGAUGCUAGCUAGAGUAUUUCUUCAGGAACAAGGCAUUGAGCAGCAUCCUUGUCUCUAUUGCAAUGAUGAGAAUGCCAAUGCUACUUUCUUGUAUCAACCAGCUGCUCACCAGAACUCGAGUUCAUAAGAUAUGCAUGGCAGCUAUACAUAUUGUUGGAAAGUUUAAUCAAGUCGCAACACUGAAUUGAAUA